AUUAGUGGGUGUGUGUUGUCUUUUCCCUUCAGUCAGUGCGACGUUUUAUUAAAGUUGUAAGAUGGCGACGGUGCAUCUGAGGAUUGGCGAUCUGGUGUGGGGGAAGCUUGGCCGUUACCCACCAUGGCCCGGGAAGGUGGUAAGCCCUCCAAAGGACUUGAAAAAGCCCAGAGGCAAAAAAUGCCAUUUUGUGAAAUUCUUUGGAACUGAAGACCACGCCUGGAUCAAAGUAGAGCAGCUGAAGCCCUACCACGCCCACAAAGAAGAGAUGAUCAAGAUAAAUAAAGGCAAGCGCUUCCAGCAGGCGGUCGAUGCAGUGGAAGACUUCCUAAAGAAAGCCAAGGGGAAAGAACAGAACUCAGACGGCAAAGGAGACUCAAAAGGAAGGAAGACACCCACCAAGCCGCUGAAGAUACUGGAGGAGGACGACGAGGAUCUCAGUGCCCUGAAGGAUCCCUCCGAGAAGGACUUAACUGACUCUGACCCCGAGCCGUCCACUCUGGAGAGGCUGGGGGCGGGACCAGGCUCGGGAUUCAAUUGGGAGAGCAGUCCUGUGAAGGACGACCCACAUUUCCAUCACUUCCUCCUCAGCCAGUCUGAGAAGCCAGCAUCAUCGAUGGAGCCCAUCAGCAAGCGGCUGAAGAUCGUAGAGGAGGAGUCAGGGUCAACAUCUAUCCAAGCAGCAGACAGCACCGCCAUCAACGGCAGCAUCACACCCACGGAUAAGAGGAUAGGGUUCCUGGGUCUGGGGCUGAUGGGCAGCGGUAUAGUCUCCAACUUGUUGAAAAUGGGUCACGUCGUCACCGUGUGGAACCGCACAGCAGAGAAGUGCGACCUGUUCAUCCAGGAGGGGGCCAGGUUGGGCCGGACCCCCGCUGAGGUGGCUUCCACGUGUGACAUCACUUUCUCCUGCGUUUCUGACCCCAAAGCUGCCCGGGAUUUGGUCUUGGGGCCCAGUGGAGUUCUGCAGGGAAUCCGGCCUGGCAAGUGCUAUGUGGAGAUGUCCACUGUGGACCCUGGAACCAUCACAGAACUCUCCCAGGUGAUCACAUCGCGGGGCGGCCGUUUCCUGGAGGCCCCGGUGGCAGGAAGCCAGCAGCUCUCCAACGAUGGGAUGCUGGUCAUCCUGGCGGCCGGCGACCGGACGGUCUACGAGGACUGCAGCAGCUGCUUCCAGGCCAUGGCCAAGACCUCCUUCUUCCUGGGGGAAGCAGGCAAUGCAGCGAGGAUGAUGCUGAUCCUCAACAUGGUGCAGGGCAGCUUCAUGGCCACCAUCGCAGAGGGGCUGACCCUGGCCCAGGCCACAGGCCAAUCACAGCAGACCUUCCUGGACAUCCUGUGCCAGGGCCAGAUGGCAAGCACCUUUGUGGACCAGAAAUGCCAGAAUAUUUUACAGGGCAACUUUAAGCCGGACUACUAUUUGAAACAUAUUCAGAAGGACCUGAGGCUAGCCAUCUCCAUGGGCGACAAGGCCAACCAUCCAACUCCGAUGGCCGCCGCAGCCAACGAGGUGUACAAGAGGGCAAAGGCACUGGACCAGUCAGACAACGACAUCUCUGCAGUCUACAGGGCCUACAUCCACUAGACCACGCUCCUCUUCUCCAUCUACCCCCUCUUAUUUCACGCCUGUCAUGUAAUGAGUUUUUAAUUUAAUUUUAAAUCCCAGUUGUUUUAUUUCCUUUUGCCACCGCGCCCGACAUUGUGAUUCCUCUGUUAGACUAUGAUGGUGGAAUGUUAGAUGGCUCCAGAUGAGCAUGUACUACUGCAGUUUGAUUUGUGACGGCUGUAAUAUGGUUAAGUGAUGCUGGGCGAAGACGGGGGCUCCAGAGCCGCUGUGAAGAGCCGGGACUCCGGCUUCUGUGGAUGAUAAACCUCAACCGUUUUUGUUGUUAAUGUGCAAAUAACAAGUAUAUUUAAUGAAGUGGGAUCUUUUCUUUUCUUUUAAAAUGUCUAGAAUCCCAUCAGACAAAACAUCCCCAACAUGCCACUGCAUUGCCUUAAUAUUGUAUUCCCUCAAGUCUAUCAAUUCUAGUAUUUAUUUGGUUCUUUCUUUUUCUACUUGGAGCAGUUUGGCCAUGGCUUGUUGCUUUAUUUGAAAAGAUCAUUUCUGCCUUUUUUUUUUUUUUUCUUGAACAGAGCAACAGACCUGCGGCCGUCAAUGCAGUGAUAAUGAAUCCUGCUCAUUGAGGCUUGAGCUUUCAACAUUCAAAACCUUCGUUCUUGUAUUUCAGUUCUCAUUUCAAAUGAUUUCUGUUUUAAUGAGGGUUCGAUCCAACGGCUGCAGCUCUGCUCAGUAGCUGCCUGUAGUCUGACACACACUAGUAAUCCAUGUUCUUAUUUAUUCCUUACAGGAGGUGGUCACAUGACCUCUUUACUAACAUACUGUUAGAUACACAUUUUGGUGUGCACAUGGUGUAACCUCGCACCGGAGUCCAACAUUAGCGUCUCUGGUUUCGUUACUGCAGGUCUAAUGGGUCCCACUCAUUCUGUGUAAAUAUGACAUGAUGGCUGCAUGUACUGAUGCUCUUUUCGUUCUACAGUUUGCAUGUUCAUCCUGGAUCAGGCUUACUCAUCUAUUAUUAAAUAGUAACAGGUGUCUUUUCAAAAUGACUUCCUCUAUGUUCGGUUAGGGAACGUAGUAGGGUUACGUAGUCUCUCACCCCACGUGAGCAUGCAGACACUAAAGCAGCGUGGCCCAGUUGUAGAAGGAGACACGUCUGCAUUCUCUUGUCAGGACUGCUGUCAUCUGUUGGCACAGAUCAUGUACGCCAUUAAAUACGAGCUCGAUGUGUCUGUGUGCCCCCUUUCUGGAGAGUAAAUCGGGCGUUUGGUUUCCUUUGGAACUCCAUCGCGCCAGAAGGAUGUGUGUAGUACUUUGGGGCCCCUGGUGUGAGGAAGUACGUGCAAGAGGGAAAAUAUUACAGCCAAUUUCCAUCCGCGGAAGGUCCCAUCAUUCUGUUGUUCCUCUAAAGGAACCCCGAUUUGUACGACAGGAUGCCCCAGUACAAACCUAUAAUAAUCCACAAUACAGGUUUCAUGUUAACAAUCCAGUGUUCCUCUAUGAGAUUCACUGCUCCAAACACACGAUAAAGCGUUGAAUCCGGCGGCCCUUAAACGUUACACGUUGCAGUGUAAACAACAGAUUUUAGAAGACACAUUUAGGUUGCAUCGGGUUUACUUUAUGCCCACAAUGACCAGGAUCAAUGACAACUGGUACCAACAUCUUUGUGUAUACUGUAGAAGUUCUAGUGUCACUGCUUUGUGUGCUUCAUAUAAUCUGACUUUCUAUCACAUCGACAUUAAUGACUGAUCCCGUUGGGUGUGGGACUUUGGUUUUGGGGGAUAUUUAUGAUUUUGUGUAGCCUACAUGUGGAAGUAUCAAGACUGUUGUGCUGUUUAAUAAACCCUCUCCUGAUUACUGA